CUGUACCCCGCUCUUUUGCGUCCUUUAUCAGAUAUAAAAGUCACUCGAUAACGCGCGGAAAUGUUUCACUAUCGUUUUAAUGAUGUUGUGGGAGUGAAUUACAUCGUUUUCAUCAUCACUGCGUUUAAUGCUCCCUUUGGUUUUUGCCAAAACAUUGAGAGCCGAAGCAAAGAGGGCACUCCACACUAUCAAGUGGAAUCUCAGCUCAGUUGGAAUGAUCUUCAUGACUUCGAGAGCCCUAAGGAGCAAUUGAUCUGGGACACGAUUCUCUCCAACGAACGGAAGCACUCACCAACCGCCCCAAAACCUCUCUCCACUCUUCCCCUCGACAAGGCACCAAUUGGCCCUUCGGUAAAUUACUACAAUGAUAACUCAAAAAUUCCUGAUCUUAAAGUAGACUCUACACCGAGGAGAUCUAAUAAGAGACGAAAAAACGAUUAUCGGAAUCAUAAGAAAUAUAAGCACCUGAGAGCUCGUAAAUACUUCACCCACGCGAGAGCCAAUGAGCGGGCAGAAUCGUUAAUGACAAUUGAUAAAGGAUCCGACAGGGGCUACCAGAGAUCGAGGCCACACGAGAGAAAUCAAUUUAAAAAAUUGAAGCCAUGGAAUGAAGAAAAUUCACUUUCUGCCCUCACCGCUGAGGAUCCCUCUCAAUUAUUCAAUAAUUCGAGAGGGAAUCGUUCGCCCUGGAAUUUCCUCAGCUUCUUGAAUCAGAAAAAAAGUGAGAGAAAUGUUGAGAAGUUACUGACGAGGAAUCUGGAAAAGGAAAUCAUAAAAAUGAGACGAGAACGACCACUUGCAUUGAUAAAAAGUGAUGAGAAAAUUGCUGAACUAUCGCUGAGGAAGAAUGAAAUUUUAGAUAGUGAAAGUGGAAGUUUUGAUGAGGGCCGAGAGAUCAUGAAUUCUCAUCGGGAAACUCCUGUUUCCGUUAACAAUAAUCAAUUGGAUAAUUAUGAUCAGUUCAAGGGAGGGGAUGCUGAUAGGAAUGGGGGGAAUAUCGAUGCGAUAAAUUCAUCGAAUAAUUUCGGCCGUGCUACGGAGACUGUUUCACCUGCAAAUGAGUCUGGAGAGGACCGAAAUUUGUUGGAGGGAACUGAUAAUUUAGAGUCGCUGGGCGACCUCUCCUGCAUGAAUGGAAGCUUCGUACCUGCGCCUUACAUUCCCCAUGGAGUUAUUAAAUACGUGAAGUCAUCAAAACCUGAGCACGAGUAUCUCGAAGCGGACUAUACAUGCACCACUGGUUUCAUAAUGUCGUCAAACAACACUCGGCUCUACUGUAAAAAUCGUAAAUGGCUAGGCGAGCAGCCAUUCUGCAGGAAAAAACCUGAUCAAUUGUGUUUGCAUUCAGAAUGUGAGCACAUUUGUACAGUAGACAAUGGCAUAGCCAAAUGCUCCUGUCACAAAGGAUUUACCAUGCGAGACAAUAAAUGCAUUGAUGUCGAUGAGUGCGAGGAGGAAAAUGGAAAUUGUCAAUACAUGUGUGUCAAUAUUGUAGGGAGCCAUCGAUGCGAAUGCCCCGAAGGAAUGAAAUAUGGAGACGACAAGUUCACUUGUAUAGAUGUCGACGAAUGCUUGGAGAAUAAUGGUCGUGGGCCAUGUCAGGACAGAUGUCGUAAUACCGAGGGUGGAUAUAUUUGUUCUUGUGAGGGAUUGCCCAGCGCUGUUCUUUCGGCUGACAAUCACACCUGUCAGACAGCCGGGCAUUGCUCCGAUAACAAUGCUGGCUGCUCACACACGUGUCUUUCCACUGCUGGUAGAAUUUUUUGUCUCUGUCCCGACGGUUUUGUUCUUCAAGAUGACUGGAAAACUUGUCAAGAUAUCGAUGAGUGCGCUGUUCCUGAACUACAAACUGAGGUAUGUAGAUAUGGAUGCAUCAAUACUCCGGGCUCUUAUCGAUGCGCCAAUCCACUCGAGCUCGAGGAUCAACCGGCCAUCGAGAAGUGGAGGAACCAAUGCCCUCGUGGAUAUCGAGCAUCUUCAGUCGUCACGUGUUUGGAUAUAGACGAAUGCCUUGAUAACAACGGUGGCUGUGACGAGGUCUGUGAAAACACAGAAGGCAGCUACUUCUGUGCGUGCAACGGCGAUGAGAAAAUUGUCUCUUCAGACGGAAGAUCUUGUAUAGAGAUAAACGCUAUCUCGUGUCCACCGGUGAAUCCAGUUAAACGAGGUACUUUAAUAUGCUCACGGCAGGGAGACGACAAUACAUGGCAACCAUACAGAGCCGUUAAUCGGCCCGGCACUAAGUGCUAUUUGAAAUGCCCACGGAGUUAUCAAAUCCUUGGGGAAUAUCAGAUCACUUGCGACGAAAGUGGAGAGUGGCUGGGGCCACAGAAUGCCGAUUGUGUCAAGUAUCUGAAGCCACGCUUGGAAUGUCCAAAGGACAUAAUUGCGGAGCUAGCUCCCGGCCAAAACGAAGCAUUCGUGAGAUUUAAUCAACCGUCAACCGAUGUAGACUGGUUUCGCUACGUAAAAUCUAAGCCAUCCUGGGGUACAAGACUCGAGGCAAAUCUACAGCUCGGAUUGCACAUUGUCACCUUCAUGGCCAGGCAUCCAGUGUCGAAGAAACAGUCGAGCUGUACCCUUCGCAUUGUCGUCAAAGAGGGCGAGCCUCCCAAGGUCCAUAAUUGCCCGGAUGAUGUCAGCGGGAGGAACGGGAGCAUCAUCACCUGGGAUGAACCUGUUUUUACAGAUAAUGUCAAAGUAACUCAAGUGACAAACAAUCAGAGUCCAGAGCAAGCCUUUGACAUUGGUGAAUGGAAAAUUACCUACAAUGCAAGCGACGAUGCGGGAUGGUCAACAGUGUGCAGUUUCACUGUAUCGAUACAUCGAGGGUAAAAUUAGACGUUAGAAUUAGAAAAAUAUAGGGCGAAGGGAAGAACGAAGGUACAACGUAGGUAAUAUAAAUGGAAAUUCUGGGGACUUCGAGGUCCCAUCGUAUAUGUAAUAUUUUUUUGUCUCAUCACGAAUUGAUGAUGGAAAAUAAUUAUUAUCAAUUCAACGAAGAGGCUAUCAUUGACUGUUCGGGAAUUUGUUACAAUUUUUAAUGUGAGGUGAGUGAGAAUUUUUAGAAAAACAAUUUCAUUAGUCAUUGAAGUUCUGGUCGAACUUUCGAAAUCGAAUAAUUAAGGUCUAAUUGAUUUUUUCAAUUGUUUCAUCAAUGAUUUAAAAUUAUGCGAUAGCGAGAUUGCAAAAUUUGAAUAUUGAAAUCGUUGUGAAUAAAAUCAUUCGAUGAUUUUGGUGAUGAAAAAUAUAGCCAAAGCGUUCGAAUAUCGAAAAACCACUAAAUUUUUUCUCGAAAAAUUUCUUUUUGGUAACGUAAAAAAUACUGAUUAAAUUCUGCAUAUCUGUCGAUCUGUAGAUAGUGAUGAAUAAGUUAUGUAUCUACUGAAGUCAACAAUUGAUCAUCAGUUGUAAGGACAGUAGAAUAUACCAAACCUCAUAGCAACAUUGCCAAUGAAAAAGUAAAUUUAAGUUACCGAAUCAUUUGUAUCACAGAAUUUCUCAUGUUCUGACGAUGACCUAAUCUAAAAAAUAAUUAAUUGUAAGACGAGAUGACUAACCAGUUUUAUAAAGUAUUUAGUUGAUUGAAGAAUAGAUGUGACCAUUAAUCGUUGAAUUUUUUGUUUUUUAAUAUUUUCGUUAGGCCGAGGAAUAAUGUAAAAAUACGAUAGCUUAAGCCAUGG